UAGGUGUUUGAUAGAAUAAUUGUUUUAACUUUGUGUGUGAUGUUUGAAAAAUAGUCAACAUUAGUUAAAUUAUUCACUUAUCGAUUUGCCAGUCCACAUAAAAGUUUCUUGAGUGAGAAAUCUAGUUCAAUCAUGAAUAUUUAAUUAUAUUUUUCCGAUUGCAUGAGUGACUAGUAGCAGCAAAUUGUGUAAUCAGCUUCAUGCUUUCAGUGACGAUAUUAGUGAGUGUUGACGUGUUGAAACAAUAACAAGUCAAUAAAAAUGUUUUGCCGAGUUUUUUUAAUUUCAUUAAUAUUCAUUCAUUACCUCUAUGCAUGUGAUAUUGGAAGACCUAUAAGAAAAAAGAAUGAUGACGUUAACUUACUGACAGAACUCAUCAGCAGCUGCUACCCCGAUGUGAAAGCAAGUAUCGUCAUUGCUAAUCUAUUGACAGAUCCAGCAUCUGAAGAUAUUUAUAAUCAAAUAACCGGAUCAAUAACACUGCUUGAGAAUUCAACAAACUACAGCAUACCGGCAAAUCAAGUCACGCCAGUUCUUUUGAUUAUUAUAAUAUUGACAUCACCAGUAGAAAUGAAACAGAUCCUUGUUAAUCAAACAUGGCAAAACUUUGAUCAAUCUUUCAUAAUUCUAGACGGAAACAAUGACAACGGAUGCGUUAAUGCCCAAUCGUUUUUGAUGGAAGCUUGGAAGAAUGAUAUACUCAAUGUUGUCUUUAUUUGCUUGGAUCAUCAGAAUCAAGUUCCGAAGAUUUAUAGCUUCAAUCCAUUUACGGACUUUGCAUCGACGUCUUGGGAAAGAGUUUCAGUGGUUCCGGCAAUCAACAAUCAUCCUUGGACCUUGAUUGUCCAGAGUUACAGUAAAAGUGAUGUAGUUUGCCGCGAUUUGUUCUUCGAUAAAACGGACAAUUUUGGAGGAUAUAUCGCAAAAAUCGGUUCUCAGUACGUUGUACCAUACAUUUCUUAUUCAAUCAAAAACGGAGUAAGGCGAUUCGAAGGCUUCGAUUAUGAAAUAGUGAAAUUGCUGUUCGGUAAAUUGAACAUAAGAAUAUCAUUUGAAGAAAAGGAUAUUGUAAUUUUGAAAAUGUAUAACAAGGAAAUCGGCCAAUAUUUAUUGAUGCAAUUAGAGAACAGAAAUAUUGAUUUCGCAGUAAAUUCCAUAGUUUUAAGAGGUUAUUCUAACCAACUUGAAGUAACUUACGUAUUCUAUCAAACAGGAUUAAGUGUUAUUACUCAGUAUCGUGAAAUAAAAAAAAUCGUGAGUUAUAUGUUCAGUUUUCUGCCCUUUUAUGUAAUAGCAAUGCUUUUCAUCACAAGUAUUGUCAUAUUCUUUUUACUGCAAUACUUAUUGCGAGAUCCAUAUUCGCGAAAUUUAAUAGACAUUCUACGGGUUUUUUUGAACUUACCUAUACCCACAUUGCCGUCAACCAUCCACGGAAGAAUAAUUUUCGGGACAACAUUAAUUAGCUUUACUGUCGCUAAUAUGGUAAUUCAAUCACACAUGAAUACAGUCUUGGUUUCAAGUAAUGCCGCUCAGAAUGUUGAAGAUUUGAGCGACUUGAUUUAUUUGAACUACCGUGUUUAUACUCGUGGAAGGAUAGCAGAUGAUCUGAAAAAUGCAGGUGUGUCAAAGAUUGAACAAGUUCGGGAUGUUAUAAACUGCUCUAAACUAGAAGAAAGGGAGGCUUUUGCUUCAAAAGAAAUUUCUCUUCUGCCGAUGAGAAAUGAAAACUGUCAUAUACCUCGAAAACCAAUCAUACCCGGAAAGUUUCUUGUUUACUACAUGCGUCGUAAUUGGCCGAUAUUUCCUAGAAUUAAUAAGAGAUUGUUGAUGCUAUUUGAAGGUGGCUUAACUAACUAUCAUGUAGAAAAAAUCUUAGAAAAAUACCAACAGCUCGUCCAGGAACCUGAUCAGUAUCAAGUAAUUACGAUGAAUCACAUGGAACAUACUUUUUAUGUUUUCAUAUUUUUGAAUUUUAUUUCUAUGAUCGUAUUUGCUAUAGAAUUGUUUAUCGCACGACUUUCAAAUUUGAUUUACAGAAUUUUUGAACAUUUUAUGUAAUGUUUAUUUAUCUUCAUACAUAUAAUUUAUUCAUUAUA